AUGGAGGUCCACCGCCUGUCGCUGCACAAGGUCUGCGUGCAGUCCCUGUGCUUCUCGCCGACGGAGGCCUACCUGGCCACGCUGGGCGGUCAGGACGACGACAACAGCCUGGUGAUCUGGGACGUGGCCAAGGGGAACGCCGUCUGCGGGACUCCGGCGGCCUCGGACACCGCGCAGUGCGUGAAGUUCUGCGGCGGCAGCGACUUCCAGCUGGUCAGCGGGGGCAACUACCACGUCACGAGGUGGGAGUUCGACCUCGAGAACAAGAAGCUGAGGCCGACGCAGGCAAACCUCGGGCAGCUGAAGCGCAUGGUCUCCAACCUGGUGGUGGACCCCGAGGACAAGUUCGUGUACUGCGGCACUUCGUCCGGCGACGUCCUCCAGAUCGACCUCACCACCAUGCUCUUCAAGCAGCUGGCCCCGAAGAAGUGCUUCCCCCGCGGCGUCACCUGCUCCGCCAUGCUGCCCGACGGCGACAUCCUGCUCGGCACGGGCGGCGGCUGCCUCGGCAGGCUCGCAGCGGGCUCGCUGAAGAUGAAGGUGCAGGCGCAGGUGCUGGGCGAGGUGACGUCGAUCACGCUCACGGAAAGCACUUCUUCUGCGGCACGAAGCUCUCCAACAUUUACUGGGUGGACUCCGACACGCUGA